UAUAUUGCGUGGCUGAUGGAUAUAUUGCCUGCGAACAAAAAGACCUAUUAAGGACUCCCGUUCCCUGUUUCACCUUGUUCGACCUUUCUAUCGUCAAUCCGCGACUUCCACAAACACUGCUUUACUACACACAUACCACAGUAACUUAUAACUUAGCCACCAAGCAUCAUGGCUCGCGCUGCAUCAUCAACCAGCGACGUCCUUCUCUACUUUCUCGCCAUCUUCCUCCCGCCUCUCGCCGUCUUCCUGAAGACUGGGUGCGAUUCGAACUUCUUCAUCAACAUUCUUCUCACAAUUCUGGGCUGGCUGCCAGGAUGCAUCCAUGCCUGGUGGGUGAUCACUAAGUACGAGAGGCCGGCCGCUAUCGCGACUACGACCACCUACUAGACCAAAUCAUUAAGGCGGCUUGCAGUGGAGAUGCAAAGGUAGUGUAAUGAGGAAGACGCCGAAGUGGAGGGACAAGCCAACCUGGUUCGGGAGGGACUCUUUACGAGGAGUGUGAUUUCCUAGCAGACACCACGCAGUAGAUA